AUGGAACCACAUGCGCCACCCAUGGCUUCGAUUCCUCCUUUAACCUUGGCCGAUGGUCUCGAUAAGACAGACGUCGAUGCCAACGAGGUCGCCUCCCUCUGGCUAAAACGACUCCAAAAAGCUUUCGACGCAAACUACUUUGCCAACCUGGAUGCUCUCUUCCUAGACGAGUGCUGGUGGCGCGACCAAAUUGCUCUUUCGUGGGACACAAGAGCAGCACAUGGCCUCGUCGAUCUUCGCAAGUACCUCUCAGCGUCCGAUCACGGCCUGACACGGCUUCAACCGAUGAAGUCGGGCGGUCUGAAGCCUGUGCUUCUGGACAACGGAGGACUCGUUUGGAUUCAGACAGGCUUCACAUUCAUAGCGAAGUAUGGUGUAGGGGAGGGGAUCCUGCAUCUCGUCAAUGUGGCUAAGGAUCAGUGGAAGGCAUGGCUAGUCCUCACACAGCUUCAAAGGCUGCAUGAAGAGGGUCACCCUGACUGGGACAUUAACGUCAAUGGCAUCGCUGCGAGUGCGCUCAAAGAGCCGGUGCCUCCUGGCAUGAAUGGUACCACCAACAAUUCCUCUGCUACACACCACACCGAUGCCAACGACAACGGUGACCAUACAAAGCACGAACCGGACUACCAAGUAAUCAUCAUCGGCGCCGGCCAAAGCGGCCUCGCCCUCGCCGCACACCUCAAGAAUCGCGGCAUAACCUACCUCAUCAUCGAUAAGCAAACCCGCAUCGGCGAUUCAUGGCGGGCCAGAUACAAGACCAUCACAUCGCACACGCCCACCUACACCGACCACUAUCCUUUCCUCAGAUUUCCAGAGGACUACCCGAAGUGGCUGAACCAGGAGAAGAUCACCAAUUGGCAGGAAGGCUACGCGCGCAUCAUGGAGCUGAAUCUGCGACUCGGGACCGAAGUCACGCACGUGGACUUUGACGACGCCAACAAGAAAUACACGCUGUCACUCGGUUACGGUUGCCUUUCACAGCAGCAUACCAAGCCCAAAGCCCUGACUUGCCGCCAUCUCGUCCUCUGUACGGGCAUGUUCAGUACAAACCCAAUCACUCCUGCCUUCCCAUCCCAGUCCUCCUUCAAAGGCCAGAUCUACCACGCCAAGUACCACAAGUCUGCCACCACAAUCCACGACCUCGCCAACAAAAAGAUCGCCAUCAUCGGCGCAGGCACCUCCGCACACGACAUCGCCGAGGACUUUGCCGCCAAUGGUCCCGUCGGGAGCAUAACCAUGAUCCAGCGCGGCGCCAUCUUCGCUGUCUCGCGGCCUUCAAUGGAGAGACACCUCACGGGGAUGUGGGACUCGAGCUCUCCAUCUGGUCUGUCGACGGCUGAAGCAGACCUGUUGAGCCAUUCCUUCCCCUUCCCAGUCCUACGAACCAUGUCUAUCGGCCAGACGAUGCAAAUGUGUGCUGAAGAGAAAGACACGCUGGAUAAGCUCGCUGCCAGAGGCAUGCGUCUCAAACGGGGUGAGACGGGUGAAGGGAUGAUCGACCACCAGUUCAUCAAGGGUGGACAUUUCUAUAUCGAUCAGGGCGCGUGGCGGCAUCUUGUAGAGGGCGCGAUCAAGGUGGCGAGUUGUGAUGGUGGGGUGGAGGAUAUUGAUGAGCGGGGGGUUGUGCUUGCUGAUGGCAGAGUGAUUCAAGCGGAUGUCGUAAUCCUUGCCACCGGGUACGAGCGGUGUUGGACAUACGUGAGGGACUUGCUGGGGGAGGAGACGUUGGACAGGGUUAGUGGAGGCGUUUCCAAGGAUGGAGGGAAGAAGGACUUCGGCGGGCUGGAUGAGGAGAGUGAACGGGUUGGGUGGUGGCGGCCGACCGGGCAGAAGGGUUUAUGGUAUAUGACUGGAAGUUUCCUGUUGGUGAGGCAGUUUAGUGCGCUGGUGGCGUUGCAGAUUGAUGCCGUUGAGAGGGGUCUCAAUGAGAGGUACUGGAGCAGCUGA